UGUAAACUUCCGGUUGUAAUCGAAAUAAACAUAUCAACAGUCACUUGCUGUUUCGCAAGGUGAUUUACUAUGGAGGUGUUAAUGAAUAAACUGCAGGAGGAUAUCUCCAAACGCAGCCUCCCUUCACUGCUGGCAAGGACUUUUGUGAACACUGCAGAGGAGAAUGGUCAGCAGAAACUCAGAAUUAUGCAGUGGAAUAUCCUAGCUCAAGCCUUAACACAAGGAGAUGACAACUUCAUCCUGUGUCCCCCUGCAGCGCUUCAGUGGGACAAUCGUCAGCUACGUGUGAUUGAAGAGUUGGUUCGCUUCAGCCCCAACAUCAUGUGCUUGCAAGAGGUAGACAUGUUCCAAUUCCUGAAGGACACUCUAGGCCAGGUCGGCUAUGAGGGCAUCUUCACUCCUAAGCCUAGCUCACCUUGUACCAAGUUUCAAAACAACAUGGGAUCCGAUGGCUGUGCGGUUUUCUAUCAGACUGACAAACUAGAACUCCUGAGUCAUGAUAGUAUAAAUCUAAGAGAGAAGGACGAGGAGGAAACAAAUCAGGUGGCUAUCCUAUGUAAGUUUCGACUUAAGUCUAACCAGAAGGUAUUCUACGUCAGCGUUUGUCAUCUUAAAGCCAAGUCUGGUUAUGCUGACCUACGGCAUCAACAGGGCAAAUACUUGUUGAAAGUUUUGAAGAAAAAGGUAGAAGCUUACCCAGUAUUAAUUUGUGGUGACUUCAAUGCACAUCCCAAGGAGCCGGUGUACGCUGAGUUUAUAAAGAGUGAUCUGGGCGUAACCAGUGCCUACUCUCACUUAUCAACAAAAGGGGAGGAGCCAAACUACACAUCAUGGAAAAUACGAGGAACUCCUGAUGGUCAGAAAACAGAAAGUUGUAAAACCAUAGAUUACAUCUGGUAUUCUACUGACAAAGCAUCAGUAGCCGCAGUAUUAGAUCUGCCUUUACCCGAGGCUAUCGGGGAGGCCAGACUUCCUUCAUUCACCUAUCCGUCUGAUCACUUCUCGCUUGUAAGUGAUGUUGUCCUUAACAAGUGAAGGGAGGCUACUCUAGAUUUAAUUACAUUAGUUAGAUUAAGUUUUUAUGCCUAUCAAGUUAUAGUUUUGAGGCUAGUUUAAUGCCAUUAUCUUUUUUUUAAGCAAUUAUUAUUGAAUGAUUAUUUUUUAAAUACACAAAGGAAUUUCACAGCAAAUAGUGACAUGUUUGUGUAUUUUGUGCACUCCUUUAAAGCAGUUUGAACAAAACCUGUUGAGUGUAAAAUCCGAUAUUAUUAAAAUGUUACAUCUUUUUAAUGACAUGUGUACAGUGACUACAAUGUGGAGUGAACUGAGAGCAAUCAUCAUACACAGGAUGGUGACGUAUGCUGACUUAUCUAUACUGUGUGGAGGAUUGGAGUACUCCUGAGGGCCACAACCAGUCUCUUCCAAAAUAUGUUUUGCAUGUUAUUUAUUGUUACAUUGUGAGUUACAUUUCAUGUCAAAUGACUCUCAAAUAAAAAAAAAAAAAAAAAAAAAAUGUACCCUUUGACCCUGGUACAACCAUUAAACCUACCACUGUGAUCAUCACCAGGUGUGUUUAAGUAUCUGAGAACCCGUGGUUAAACAUUUUCUCUGUCAAAUUUGGUGUUGUAUGUUUAUAUAUAAAAUAAAGCUUGAUGGAUACCUUUAGGAAGUCAACACUUUAUAAGAAUGGUCGCUCGAGGUAUGAUUUUGGUCUAUAGAAUGAUAGAGAAAAGUGUAUUAAAAUAGUGUAUUAAUUAAUUUAUGCAAAGAUUACUGCCAUUAUCUAUGAUGUAUCGCUGUUUGUGUUAAGACUGGUGCUCCCUGUAUGUCGUCUGUGCUGCAUCUCCCGUGUUAAAACUGUAACAUAUCAUUAAAUACAUCAGUGUCGUCUGUGCUGCAUCUCCCGUGUUAAAACUGUAACAUAUCAUUAAAUACAUCAGUGUCGUCUGUGCUGCAUCUCCCGUGUUAAAACUGUAACAUAUCAUUAAAUACAUCAGUGUCGUCUGUGCUGCAUCUCCCGUGUUAAAACUGUAACAUAUCAUUAAAUACAUCAGUGUCGUCUGUGCUGCAUCUCCCGUGUUAAAACUGUAACAUAUCAUUAAAUACAUCAGUGUCGUCUGUGCUGCAUCUCCCGUGUUAAAACUGUAACAUAUCAUUAAAUACAUCAGUGUCGUCUGUGCUGCAUCUCCCGUGUUAAAACUGUAACAUAUCAUUAAAUACAUCAGUGUCGUCUGUGCUGCAUCUCCCGUGUUAAAACUGUAACAUAUCAUUAAAUACAUCAAUGUCGCGGUCAGUAUGAUGCUGUGACCAUUACAUGUUGUCCCUCGCUCUGGCUAUGUACAUGUGGCAUAGUUUUGUCAAGGUGGACUCGAGGAUUGAGUCCUCACUAGAUAGAGAUAAAUUUCUGUGUAGUAUAUAAAAUCUUUCAUGUUUUCAUCACAUUUUCAAUGGGCAAUUCUUGAAGAGGAUCAUCUCAAAAUCAUAAGGUUUUCAGCAGUGUUUUGUACAGAAUUUAAACCUUUGAUAUGAAUCUCAUAGAAAACAAGGGAACACUUUGAUUGUGUCCAUUCAAUAUUCAUGCUAGAAGAAUGACUUAAUACUUGAGGUAAUUAUAAAUUCAUGUCGAUAUCUGUAUUUAGUUUUUACUUGUGUAGAUAGUAAAGUUAUCUAUUUAAUUUCACUUAUGUAGAUAACAUAUGUUUGGGCCUGUGUUAUUACACCCACUGAACUUUCUGUACUGUAUUUUGUACAUGUUCAUCACAUACAAAAAAACUUUGGUAAUAAAAUAUUUUUGUACUAUCUGUGACAUCCUUCUGGCUGUAUGGUACCUUUCGUAUUUGAAGCCAUAGCUCGGUAAAACAAGCAGUGUGUAGUGGUACAUUCCUACUCUUUUUACUGGUUGAAAUUUAAGCCAGAUUGUGUCAACUUGAUGUUUAAUCUGGAAAAAAAAAUUGUUGCAUAAUUCAAAAUUAUCAUACAAUUCUUAUCAAUUCUGAAACAUUCCAGCAACUGUGUAAUAAGAAUAUUGUACCAUCUGAGUGAGCACCCUUCAAGCUACUGACCGGGCUCAGUGUUGCUGGGACAGCUAGCUGGUCAGUAAGGUCGUUUGUUCCUCUGAUAAUCAUUGGCUGCUAGAGUAACUGUUACAAUGUUGUUUCUUAUCUUUGAUGUUUUUCUAUCUAUGUGCAAUAUAUAUGUACAUACAAUCUGAUAUUGAGCUUUACUGACACCUAACUAACUGUGAUAUUUGUCUAUUUUUUAAGAACAGAAUUCCGUAUUAGUAUAGGAUUGUCGUGUCAUUGUGGACAAGAAAUCAAAGUGGAAUUGAGUGUAGAUUUCAUCUUAUUUCUGUAUUGAGAUUUUGUUUUAAAUUAUGGCCAUUUUUAUUGUAAUUUUAUAUAACUUUGUACCUAACACCCUGACUAUUGAUUUCUUUUCCUUAUUUACAUAAUUUAUAAUGAUCAUUUGUUGUGAUAUCAUGUUCAACUGUAACAUAAUUUUGGUAUUCAUCAUCAUAUCAACAGAGGAACAAAGUGUAUACAUCACAGCAUGUCGGAAAUGAGUCCUAUAUAAACCAGAUUUUCAAUAAGAUUCCACGUUACACAUAUCUGUUAAUUGGAAUCCACAUUACACAUAUCUGUUAAUUGGAAUCCACAUUACACAUAUCUGUUAAUUGGAAU